UAGAAAUACAAUAUAGUUUCAUAAUGAGCUAUAAGAAAAUGAAUUCCAAAGGGGUCUUUUUUCUAGCUAUGUUAUUGGCUUUCAUGGUUCUCAUUUCUGCUGAGAAAUCUGACAAAAAAGAUGAUAAAGCAAAUGGGAUAGAUGAAAACAAAUUUGGCUAUUAUGGAGGUUGGGGUUACGGCGGUCCAUGGCGUGGAGGUUGGAGAUACGGUGGUCCAUGGCGUGGCGGCUAUGGUUGGGGAGGUCCAUGGCGUGGUGGUGGUUGGGGCGGUGGUUAUGGUGGAUGGGGUGGUGGUUGGCCAAAGGGACACAAUGAUGCUAAUAUUAAUGCUGAACCUGAAAAUUAAGCCAAGAAGUUGAGCGAAGAGUGGGCUCAUGUUAUUAUAUGUAUGUAUAUGUAUCACAAUAAAUAAAACAUCAUGUGUGGUGUGGUGUAGUGUAGUUAGA